AGAUUGUUUCGAAGCUUUUUGCUGUCGCCCUUCUGUUUAUCAUGCUUUCCAUGGGCUGCACUACAGAUUUGCACAAGCUGUGGGCUCACUUGAAGAGACCUAAGGCUCUCGCUGUGGGCAUGGCUUGUCAGCUUGGGGUGAUGCCUCUCGUUGCAAUAAUCCUAGGACUUUCUUUUAGUCUGAACCCAACUUCAGCAAUCGCUGUUCUGGUUAUGGGUUCUAGCCCUGGAGGAAUUGUUUCAAACCUGAUAAGCUACUGGACGGAUGGAGAUAUGGAUCUCAGCAUUAUUAUGACUGUGUCUUCAACUAUCCUGGUCGUGGGCCUCAUACCCUUGUAUCUUUAUCUCUACUGUAUCUCGACAAAUAUAACCAACAUCUCAACGCCUGAAUCUAAUGUCUCCACAUACCCAGCCAGCGUCAUGGUCAUCUCGACCAAAGAGGGUAACAUUCGAAUUCCUUUUGAACAAAUAGGUAUUGGAUUGGUUACUUUGAUUAUUCCAAUAGCAUUUGGAAUUUUAUUCAAAAGGAAGUGGCCAAAACAAGCUAAAAUCUUUCUCAAGAUGGGUUCUGCUGUGAGUGCAGGACUAUUAAUUAUUCUAACACUGAUUACCUCAGUGCUUCAUAAAGGCCAGUGGGGUACGGAUUUGUCACUAUUGGUUAUAGGUAUUAUCAACCCAUUUAUUGGGUACUUGGCUGGAUUCACCGUGGCUGUCAUCUUACGCUUGUCAUGGCAAAGAUGUCGAACUAUAGCAAUAGAAACAGGAACACAAAAUGGAUAUCUAUGCGCAACCAUUCUUCUAAUAUCUUUUGAAGACCAUCUGGAAUUACAACGCUCCUUGGCCGCAUACCCGUUAAUUUACAUUUGUUGUCAAAUCUUCUAUGGAUUUCUGAUUGCAGCAGCCUAUCAGCUGUACCAAAGACAGAACAGCAACCAUUUCCAGAUAUCAGCAUUAUUUACAAAGGGCAAGAAAAAGAUGAACGUCUCAAGUGGUGAAAACAGCGAAAAGCUGAGCCAGCCUAACCAAGCUACCACAGAAAUGCUUGAGCCAGUCUUACAUCAACGUUUAGUUGAUUCUACAGAAGAAACAGACUUUAAUUCUCAGCCAUUUAUCUCAAAUUGAAUCGUGCACUUCUGACGGCAUCUUGCAGAAGUUGGAAUACAGGAAAUAUAUAGGAGUGGAAAGGACUCAAAGUAGUCCCAAAGUAAAAUCAUCAUACCCCAACGUGUCUCUCAAACUACCCGAUUGAUUUCUUCACCAAAUAGUUAUUUACUCUUCACUUGAAUUCAAUUUGGCUGUCGUGUUCGUCUUUUCCAUAUAUUUUCAUUUAUUGUAUAAAGUAGUAAAUUCUCAGCUGUCGGUUUUCUCUCCUCUAAAUUUGUUUCUGUCCUCACUUAUUUUAGUAUUUGUGAUUAUGUUAAACAAAUUAUUAGUUUAUGUACACUCUAUAGGAUCUUGAAUAUUUCAAUAGGAUACUGUAGUUCUCUUUCUAAUUCAGGUGUCUAUUUUCAGGUAUCAGUUUUGCUCCUUUUCGAAAGAGAUAGAUUGUCUUUUUACUCUUCUUCCCGUUUUCCUUUUCUCUCCCAUUUGUAUUAUUUUUAUUAUAUUUGUUACAAAAUACUUUGUUAAUUGUCACUAAUUUACCAUUAUAUUAUAUUGGUUACUUACUUUACAGGCCAGUGUAUCAAUUACUGGGAAACAUAAGAUUCCAACAUCAGUUCUGAUUUAAAAAAAAGGCUCUUCAGCCACUUUCCAACCCCACUUUCCAACCCCACUUUCCAACCACACCUCCUUCCCAUGACAACACCAAACCAUUUGGUAAACAAAUACAGCAUUUGGACUUAAGUACCAUUUACUGUUUAUCAGAAAAAAUGGGUGAGGCCUGGACACAGUUCCUAAACACUGGGAUGAUGGGUAUUGUGGCAGUUUGUUCUGACUGUCUGAUUGUGUAGACUCUUGCGCCAUAUUAGUAUUAGUUCUCAUUUCUGUGCUGAUUUUUUUAAUAUGAAUGCUUCAUCAUUUGACUGGCUCUGAUGUUGAAUCAUAACUUCCAAAGCUAAAGUAAAUGAAAUAAAAUGUAAUAGCUUGUUGUAUUGUUGUACUCUGAAGACGGGUAUCAGAAAGUGCUGGAGAUCAGGUCAUUGAAAUAAAACCAAUUAAAAACCAGUGCUGAGAUUAUAUGAUUGUGUUCAGACUGCAACACAGAUAGGGUUGAAGUCAUCAGUCAGUGAAUUGGCUGACAUGAUGUAAAAAAUGAGAUGUCAAAAUAAAAAGCUGAACAGCGGGUAUAAAAUAUUCUUAGCAUUCUUGUUUUAAAACUCAUGUUUAUCCACUUUAAUAAUAAUCCUUGCAUUUGAUGCUGCUCCUUAUCAUGUUGAUAAGGUGUUACACAGGUGUUAAAUAUGUAUCCGCUUUAAAACUGUCUGCCUUAUUUGUUUUAUUCAAAAUAAAAUAUUAAAAGCGA